GUUUUCGAACAAACAUGGCGGACGGCCCGGCUGGGUUUCACUUCGAUGAGCUAAACAAAGUUCGGGUUUUAGAGCCUGAAAUUAGUCAGCAAACACAAGAACUCAAGGAAGAAUGUAAAGAAUUUGUUGACAGUAAGUUCACUCAUUUUAUGAUGGGCACUGUUCGGUGCAAAGUGAAUUGUUUUGCUACAGACUUGCUAUUGCUAAAUUUAUUGAUUGCUUUUGCGGCCUCUAGCAACCGCCGCAAUUUUUAAGGCUGAUUAAUCUUUUCAUCCCUUUAGAAAUUGGAGAGUUUCAAAAAAUAGUGGGAGGAUUUAUCGAUAUGGUUGAUGCUUUAGCUAAAGAGGUCGAGAAGGAGAAAAUGAAGGUAUGAUUUGCUCUUCCUCGAUGUCUUAUUGUUUACAUGAUCAAAACACCGAGCAAGUCACCUUGGCGACAGCCAUAUAUUUAUACUGCGUUUGGUAAGAUUGUUUUCAAUUUGACCCUUUAAAAUGAAAUGUCCAAAGUCUCUUUGUUGACGUUUUAUUCUUGUUCAGAGAGUUGACAACAUUUUGUUAAUUGAUAUACAUGGCCAUUAUGCUGAACAACUUCCUAACUAACGCAAUGUAAAACAGUGUGACCGAAAGUGAUGCUUGGGGUUUUGGAACGACUCCCUUGCUCGGCCUAAACAGCUAUGUGCCACAUAAGAGGUUGUUUUCUUCAGGGUUUUGAAUCUCAAGCAGGUUACAAAAUUUUAACAAAUUGAAUAGGGUUUUGUGUAAAUAAAAAGAAUGCUUUCAACAGGGCUUGAUAUUGUUGAUAGGUGGUGUGAUAUUAAUAAUUCUACACCCAGUUGCCAUCUCAAAUGGCGAAGCUGUACUUUAAGUAGAAUAAUUUGUCACUUGACGGCUUUGGCCUCAGGAAUCUGUGUUGCCCAGUGUUCUAGAGCUAUAAUGAUGACAAUAACUCCCCAAACAUAAAAGUUAGUCACCAGCCGACCCUGGGUCUUUCAGUAAAAAGCAAAGCAACAAAAUGAACAAUUUUUGUCUUAAACAAGGUUAGGGUUUUAAAAGCUUGGUUUCCUUCUCAAAUAAGCACUUCCCUUAAUUAUGUUGCCUAAGGAUUGAUGAUUAAACUCUGAACAAAGGUAAGUAGUCCUGCUGAACAAAUCUUUGUAAUGAGGUUUCCCCCACCCAGAGGCAUUUAACAGCUUUUUCUUUUUACCUAAGUUUGCCCUCUGUCAUGCAGUAACCUUAGCAGUCUUCUAUAGUUGGUGAUUGAAGCAAGUUGAUACAGCUGCUAACAGAUUAAGUGGGUUUGUGAAGAGGACUUGAUAUGUACUUUCUGUUCAAGUAUCAUUAGUCAUAAUUGCUUGAAUGCUAAUUAUGACUUGAUUAUUUAGGUGCAAAAAAACAUUCUAUGUGCACAAUCAGCUGGAUUUUAUUUAUUUUUUGUUUAUAUUAUUAAAGGGGAUAGUAAGUUGCAUGCGAAUAGAAGUUAACCUCUCAAAUUAAAUCACAAAAUUUCCCUUAGGCUAUUGGCUCAAGAAAUCUAUUAAAGUCAAUAGCAAAGCAGAGAGAAGCACAGCAGCAACAACUACGAGCACUGAUCGCUGAAAAGAAAACACAGUUGGAACGGUAAGAAUCAACCACCAAGGCAGUCCAGUAGACUAAGUCUGAUUAAAUUAGCUAGCUUAGGAAAAUCUUUACAUUGACAAUUUUGCAUUAUCAACUCAGUUGAUGAAACCAAAUCAUCUUGUAAUAACUCCUAUGGACACAGCACCACAGUUUCUUUAGAAAAUUAUCCCCUUUAUUCAUAAUUCUGAUUAAACUAUAUUUGUGUUGUUCUACUGCCAUUUUUUUGAUAAUAUUUCCUAUUGAUUUUAUACUUCCUAAGCAAGGACUAGAUUGGUCUUCCUCGUGAUAUACAGAGUACCAUAGUUUUUGAAAAGAAUGUAAUGAGAUCUGUUUGAUGUUUUAUUUUAGUUUCCGUGUCCAACAUGAAGCUUUACAAAAGGUUGAGAGUGAACAAAAUGAAUUUAUAGAGCAGUUCAUUUUACAGAAAUAA